CCCCCGCCGGCGCGGGGAGCCGCAUGAGCCGCCGUCUUCUCCGUGGUCUCUCCCCGCUGCUGCCGCCCCUCGGAGCCGGGCGCCGUAUGCUGGGCUCGGAGUCCGUCUCGGCCCCCAAGCGCCCGCGCCGCAACCUCAUGGCGCCACCCCGGAUCGGAACGCACAACGGCACCUUCCACUGCGACGAGGCGCUGGCGUGCGCCUUGCUUCGCCUGCUCCCGGAGUACCAGGAUGCGGAGGUCGUGCGGACGCGCGACCCCGAAAAGCUGGCCUCGUGUGACGUCGUGGUGGACGUGGGUGGCGAGUACGACCCGCAGAGACACCGAUACGAUCAUCACCAGAGGUCUUUCACGGAGACCAUGAGCUCCCUGUGCCCCGGGAAGCCCUGGCGGACCAAGCUGAGUAGCGCAGGCCUCGUCUACCUGCACUUCGGGCACAAGCUGCUGGCCCAGCUGCUGGGCACCGCUGAGGAUGACGACGUGGUGGGCGUCCUCUAUGACAAGAUGUACGAGAACUUCGUGGAGGAGGUGGACGCAGUGGACAACGGGAUCGCGCAGUGGGAUGAGGGGGAACCCCGAUAUGCACUGACCACUACCCUGAGUGCCCGGGUGGCUCGGCUGAAUCCCACCUGGAACCAGCCCAACCAAGACACGGAGGCGGGGUUCCAGCGCGCCAUGGAUCUGGUCCGGGAGGAGUUCCUGCAGAGGCUGGACUUCUACCAGCACAGCUGGCUGCCUGCCCGGGCCCUGGUGGAAGAGGCCCUGGCCCAGCGACUCCAGGUGGACCCCAGUGGGGAGAUAGUGGAACUGGCCAAAGGCGGAUGCCCCUGGAAGGAACAUCUCUACCACCUGGAGUCCACGCUGUGCCCACCUGUAGCCAUCGCCUUUGUCAUCUACACUGACCAGGCGGGACAGUGGCGGGUACAGUGUGUGCCCAAGGAGCCCCACUCAUUCCAAAGCCGGCUGCCCCUGCCAGAGCCGUGGCGGGGACUUCGGGACGAGGCCCUGGACCAAGUCAGUGGUAUCCCUGGCUGCAUCUUCGUCCACGCCAGUGGCUUCAUUGGUGGGCACCGCACCCGAGAGGGCGCCUUGAGCAUGGCCCGUGCCACCCUGGCCCAGCGCCCAGCACCUGCGCCUCCCACAAGUCCCCCAGUCGAAUAAAACUUGUAUCCCAUAUGGA